CCAGUGUUCUUCCAUCCUCGGUCGCUCUUUGACUGGUUGCUUUCUUCCACUUCCCGUCGUCAUUGCGAAAUUGCGACGCGUCCAGCAGGCCAUUCGAUUUCGAGGCGAGAGCUUGGAGAGCGGAAUAGAAACCAUUGGUGGCUGGCUUGCAUCCGGCACUCUUGAUCCGAGCGAGUGAGAAUCUCUGCAUCUCGAAGUCCAGAAUCACAAACAAUGGCAGGUGGAAAGCCCGACGUGACCGAGGUGGGCGCGAUCGAUACGCCACCAGUCUCCAAGCCCAGUUUCAAAACCCGCGUGGCCGCCCAUUACAAGCGGUGGUGGUGGGUGCAUGUUAUUGCCUUGAUCGUGGUCGUCCUGGUGGUCGUCCUUCCGGUGGUCUAUGUCGGCUACCCGAACAUCGCCCAAAGCGACAUCAAUGACUCGACUCUGGAAAUCACGUCGAUGGUUAUCAGCGACCCCGCCCCGGAAUCCUUCCAAUUGAAUCAGACGCAGGUCCUCGGCAGCGACAGCCGCUUUCACCCGAAGAUCUAUGCUUUCGACGCCGACGUUAGUCUCUCGGGAUCCGCCCCGUUCGCGCAGGUCCGCGUGCCCGAAAUCAAGGCCAACGACGGGACCGUCAUUCCCGUCGAGCAGAAAUUGGACCUGAGCGAUGCGGAUGCGUUUGGCGACUUCGCAAAGGCCGUGAUGCUGAACGAAGAUAUUCACCUGAACAUCUACGGAAAGCCCCAGUUGAAGCAGGGCAGUCUGCCUACGAUCACCAUCACGUAUAACAAGACCGUCACAAUGAAGGGUCUGAAUAAAUUGGACGGAUUCAAGCUGCUCGAGAUGCACGUCGGAAAGAAGGACUCGGAUGGAAACAACGGGCAUGGCAAAGUGUCGAUCCCCAACCCAUCCGUGAUGACCAUCACCAUGGGCAACGUUACGCUCGACCUGUCGGUCGAAGGCACCCACGUGGGCCAGUCCUUCCUGAACGAUUUGGUCAUUCGGCCGGGGAAGAACACCCUUGAUAUGAAGGCCAACGUAAACUCAUCAGCGGUGGCGGGCUUCUUGGCCACGGGCAAGUACAAGAACAACAUCGUGCCCGUCGACAUCACCGGCAAUUCCAGCGUGUACCACGGACAGGACCUGCCAUACUUUGCGGCGGCCUUGGCGGCGAACAAACUGACCGUCGACUUGAAUGUCCUGGACGCAUUAUCCUAAGGGUGUUGG